AUGGCCACUCCCAAGAACAGCUCAUGCUCGGAUUUGGCUUCGGAUCCUAGCCCAGCUAUCGACCGUAACUUCCAAACCACUUCCACUCCUCCUUCACGAAUACUUGUCGUCGCACACGAGUCGGACUUGGAUUCAGAAUCAGACGUCAGUUCAACCAUAAUUCACGAUCACGAACCCUUCUCGACCUUCCAGUAUCGCGUCAAAGAACACGUUCUACAUAAGAUAUGGUCUGAUGCGCAUGAAGAAAAUGUCAGUGUCGAGCGACUGUCGGGAGGUGGCGUAUCAUCGGCAUCACUCGACAUGACGGUGAUCGGUCCAAAACUGACAUACACUACGUCCUACGACUUCCUCGCUUUGUAG